AUGAAAUGUCCAGUUGGUUCAAAACGUAAAAUGGCCGACGAUCAUCAAAAAGUAACCCAAUUUAGACCGUGUAUCGAUCUACACGAUGGAAAAGUUAAACAGGUUUGUUUCCAGGAACAGUGCAUUUUGAUUUAACUAAAGGUAAAUUUCUCACCAUUCUUGGGUUCUAGUCAGAUUGUCGGUGGCACUUUGACAGACAACGAGGGGCAUCUCCAAACGAAUUUUAUUGCCAGGUAAAUGUUGAAGAAAUCUGAGAUAGAUAAAAUGUUGUUUUCAAUCCAAUUUACGUCUUCUGUCACCUGAAAUCUAUUAAAAUCAAGAUCGGGAUCAUAUCUUGGUGAGAAUGAGAUCUGGUGACCAAGAUCCAGUAUCUCCCAACCAGUUCAAACAUGAAUACAUUGACCUUUCACUUCCAGAAGUGAUUAACAUGUUACAUCUCCUUAUUAGAUCCAUACAUUACUCAGCAAACAGGUGAUGAGAAUGUACAAACUUAUCUGGUAGAAGUUGUUACCUUGAUCUAACACCAAAUUCUCAUAAUUUAUUUACAAGGAAAUGUGUAGUGGCCAGAGGGGAGGUUUAACAGUCAGAUCUUGUAAUUUUAUAUACUUCCCAAUGCCAGUCUCCUGUUACUUAAAGUAAAUUACAAUCAAGAUUUGGAUAAAAUCUCAGCAAGGAUGAAAUCGUUUGACUAAAAUCUAGAAUCUCCUGCCCAGAACUAGCCCAACUGUUAUGUAGGGCAUUAAGGAGAGUUUAGAUGUAGGUAUAUUGCCUUCAAUGUGUGGAAAGGCAGACUGUUCUGAUGUGGCUGAAAAACCCUUGACAUAAGAUUUUCAUAAGAGACACAGUUUGACAGUAGAUUUUUUUAGCUUAGACAUUUGCAUCUGAUAUUUUACAGUCAUAGGCCAGGUUACUUUGCCUCACUGUACCGAAAAGACAACCUUACUGGAGGUCAUGUGAUCAAACUGGGUCCUGGUAAUGAUGCUGCUGCAGAGGAAGCCUUGGCAGCCUGGCCUGAUGGUCUUCAGAUUGGAGGGGGAAUAACCAUUGAUAAUGCAAUAUCAUGGCUUGAUAAAGGAGCUUCCAAGGUAAUGGAAGAUUAUCGUGAAAUAGACAGCUAUUCCUUGUGGUGAGAAGACUCACAUGAAACCCAGUGGUAGAUCUAGGGGAGGGGCCUGGGCUCCCCCUUAUUUUGGGUAAAUAAAAAAAAAAGAAUCGCAGAAGGAAGAAAAGCUAGCAGGGCAAGCGACAAAAAACAGGGUCCCCCCCCUUAGCUCUAGGUCUGGAUCUGCCACCAAAACCAGCUCAGUGGUGGAACAGUACUACUAAUAUCACGGUGUGUAAGGCAAGCUACUGUUAUCCCUGCUACCACAGUAAACUGUUAGUCAUAUCAGUAAAUAAUUACUAAAUGACUUUUAUGUUAUAAUUCCAGGUCAUUGUCACAUCAUGGCUGUUUCCUUCUGGUGAAUUUUCUAUGGAAAGACUCCAUCAGUUAAGCAGUUUAAUUGGCAAAGAACAACUGGUCAUUGAUCUAAGUUGUCGUCGUCAAAAGAAUUCUUGGUUUGUUGCCAUGAACAAGUGGCAAACAGUUACCAGUUUAGAAAUAUCCAAAGGUGAGCUGGGUAUUCUCAGUGUACAGUGAGAUCAAGUUCAUAACUUGUCUGCACCCUUGUUUCCCAAAGGGUCAAAGUUAAUAAAUAGACUUUCCAAUAUUGGAUCAAAAGAUGCCAUUUCUGAUAUGUCCGUAACCUGAUAUGUACUGCUCAUCCAUUCUAAGAUCCUCUUGGUUUCAAAUUGACUCUCAUUUUCAGAAAUAUUACACCAGAUGUCUCAAUUUGCAUCAGAGUUUCUUGUACAUGCUGCUGAUGUUGAGGUAAGAGUUGUGUUUGACAAUUUUUGCUAUCAGUGAUUUACAUAAAGAAAAAAGGAAAAGUUAACAAAAAACUGCCCCUGUUGACCCCUAUGAGUGAUUAGUAUCUUAUUUCUCCUUAUGAUCUCAUCCCUGAAUCAAAUUUUAAAGUCAUGAGAAUUGAGGAGCUGAUCACCAACUUAAGAAGCUCUUGAUUCUUAAACAAAUCCCCCUUGUCAGCACCUCAGGAAAUGUAAAGAGAACAGAAUGGAGAACUUAAAUUUUAAUUUUAGGGUGUAGAGGGUUGAUAAAUAAAUAUUAAAAAUCAGCCAUCAUUAGCAAUGACACAAGAAGCAUAAUUUUACUUAAAAGUGGAAUUUUUACAAUUUAAUUCCUUAUCUCUCUUGAAGGGCCUUUGUAAAGGAAUUGAUGAAGAGCUUGUAAAAGGUACAAAUUUUUUUUGGUGUAAAAAAUGGGGAAUUCAAAGUGAAUGAAUUGCUUAAAAACCGUUCCCUUUUGUGCAGUCUGUCAUUCUUGCUCAUUUCCUUUACUUUUUUUUCUUACAGCUCUUGGUCAGUGGUCUCCAAUACCUUGCACUUAUGCUGGAGGUGGGAAAGGUUAGAAAAUUUAAACCUUUUUGAUGGGAUUCUUACUGGCAGGGUAGAUGCUUAAGAGACCAGGCUGAAAGUUUGCAGCAAGCCUUGAUCCUCAGCCACCCAAAAAAAUGCAUUAUCCUGAAAGGAGAUCAAUAUCAGUAUCUGGGCAACAGCCCACCUACCCCUCCCCUAACUCAACAUUCACCUUAACUUGUUGGGUUAGGGGAGGGGUGGGUGGGUCGUCGCCCAGAUACUGAUAUUGAUCCCUGAAAGAUAUAAAGAUAUAUGGAAAAAGGAGAGGGAACACCUUCUUCCUAUGACUCCCAUGAUUGGUAGUCUUAAAUUUUUAUAGUAAAAUUUAUUGAAACAAAGAGAAAGUUUUGCUAUUUGUCUACAGAUAUUGAAGAUCAUUUGCAUCAGAAUUUGUACACUUGCAACAAAAAUUCAAGUAUGAUUAUUCUGUAUUGUCCACCUUAAAACCUCUUUAAUUGAUUUUACCCGUCUAUAGACAUCAGUGAUUUGGAAUUGGUGAACAGGCUAUCAGGUGGAAAGGUGGACUUAACUUUUGGAAGGUAAAUGAGUCAUUUAUUUUCUCCUCUUAAUGAGACCCAGUAGUGUCACCAUAUGCCCAGAUUAGGGAAAUAAUCUGCAAUUCAGUUUUCCCUAUGAGAUUGAAUUGAAAGUUGGCUUGUCUGAUAUCGAGAGGAGAAAAUGUUCAUUCACUGCAUGGAAAAUACUUUCUUUGAAAGAGAAGAUAGGAUUUUAACAUUCAGAGCAAGAUUCAUGUUUUCAUUGGGCUUUAGCCCUUUAACCCUUAAUGGAAUAAGGGAAUUAAUUGAAAAUACCGCCAACUGAAGCUCUUCUCAGUAUAAAGAGGGUGAAAUGAUUAUUCAAUGGAUUCCUUUUUCAAAGUACAUAACUUCUUGAUGUUAAAUCACACUGAAUUUUUUCUUAACAGUGCUCUGGAUUUGUUUGGUGGAAAUGGAGUCAGAUAUGCAGACUGUGUGGAGUGGAAUAGGAUGUAUUCAAGAUAAUAUGCAGAUAUUAGUAAUAUACACAGUCACAUGAAGAAAAGGCUCAUAAAUAACGUUUUCUGCUGUACUGUUAGCUUUUCAAUAGCACCAAGAGAUAUCAGCCAUUGUGGUUUGAUCAGUCAGUGGCUGUAGAAAGAUGGGCAAGUGUGAUCUCUGUAAUAAGGGUUCCACCUAUUUCAUAACAAGUGAUUAACCGAUUAUCAGGGUUUACCAUUAAGAUGAUGAACAAGUGUUAUGCCUUGAUGGCAGUCAUUGCAGCAACAACCAAAUACAUAUUGCCCCAAAAUAAGUUAUCUAUUUAGAGUUUGAAUAAAGAGGGUGAGUUUCUAAAGAAGCUGUGGGUAUUUCAAACUAAUUAGGUUUUAUCAACUGAGUUGAUAAUGUAAACUGGCCACCAUGUUAGCCCUUCAUCAGAGCAAAAUUAUUUAUUUAUGGUGUUUGGCAAUCAUAAAAGCAACACCAAUACUUGC